AUGGACCAGGAAGAGCCCGCUACCACGAUAGAGUCUCUAGUGGAAGAAAUUGAUGACAAAGAACACAUGAAGACUUUAAUACCGCUGAGAACAGGCACAUACCUGCAAACAUUUCCAACUGCCUUCAUUUCGUUUUCCCAUAAACAUAAACAGAAAAAUGUUCUUUCUGCAAUUUCGCCAGAGUCAACGGUUGUAAACAACAAAACUUUCUGGGAAAAGCCCUUUGGUUUGGGCCCUCUAGUUGUCCCUGCUUUACAGCGUUUCAACAACAUUGACUGCUUCACGUUUUUGUUUGUUUUGUCGGUCUUCAGUCAUGGUAUGAUAGUUGCUUUGACUGAUCUGAGUUUGCCAAAGUAUCAAGCCGAAUUUUCAUUGUCAUCAUUAGAGAAAUUCAUGCUGGAGUUCAGUGAUUAUUUUGCAUCUUUCCUGGUAGCGAUACCUGUGUCAUACUUUGGAAGUAGAGGAAACAGGGCAAAAUGGGUGGCAGUUGGCUCUUUUUUAUUAGGAGUUGCAGCAAUUAUGUUUGCUGUUCCUUAUUUAAAAUAUGAAAUUAUAAGACCAUUGGAUAAAACUGAAGACUUGUGCACAGACGAACAUAUACUGGAAACCUGUGAGGGAAGGAUAAUACCACACAGAUCAAUAUGUAUCCAUCUCUUCUUCGUUGGGCAAUGUCUCCAUGGAAUCAGUGGCAUGUCACUUUAUAUCCUUGGUGUAACCUUCAUUUUUGACCAUGUUCCCUCAUGUUCAGUUGGCUUCUAUUUAGCUAUUGUGGAUCUUCCAAGAUUUGUGGGCUACACUUUGGGUUACACAAUAGGAUUCCAUGGUCUUCUGUCUCCUGAGAAUGUAACUGUAAAUGCACAGGAAACUGUUUAUGGCUUUCGACAGUGGCAGCAGCCUUGGUGGAUUGCUUAUCUUGUUGUUGUUAUACUUUCAUGGGCUGUAUUUUUACCAUUGUUCUGUUUUCCAUCUAGUUUACCUGGUGCACAAGUGCUAAGACUUGAGAAAGAAAAUGAACCUCCUACCUUUGACCAGAGGCUUAAAGAUAAGGAAAUUGGAACUAAUUUGAAGGAUAUACAUAAUACUAUUCAGUUGCUGUUGAAGAACACACUGCUGAUGACCCAGAUAUUCUGCAAAGCCGUGGAGUUUAUAACCUCUGAGGAAUCUUCAUUAUUUGUUCCCGUAUAUUUAGAAAGCCAGUUUAUGUUAACACCCUCACUUGCCACUGUGCUUACAGGACUUAUUAUUCUCCCAGGAACUGCAGUUGCUCAUUUCAUGGGAGGUCUAAUUGUUGACAGAUUGGAAAUGAAUUAUAAGACCAAAGUAAACUUCACAGCCGUGACAACUGUUCUAGCAACUGUGUUUUUUACAUUAAUCUUUUUUGUAGAGUGUGAAACAGUGAAAUCUGCUGGAAUCAAUGAAGAUUAUGAUGGGUUAGGCGUAUUGGGAAACCUCACAGCUCCAUGCAAUGAGUACUGUGGCUGUACAAGUGCUGCCCAUACUACUAUAUGUGGAAGAGAUGAUACUGAAUAUUUCUCUCCCUGCUUUGCAGGCUGCAAAAUUGUUAAAGACAUACUCGAAGAAAAGACAUACUACAAUUGUUCUUGCAUUAAAGAAGGAUUGACAACUGCAGACAUUGAAGGUCAUUUUAUUGAUGCUACUAUUGGAAAAUGUAAUCGCAAGUGUCAUACAUUACCUUUGUUUUUUGCUUUUUACUUUUCUUCAGUCAUUUUUGGUAAUUUGUGUUCUAUACCUGUCAACAUAACUAUCCUCAAAUCUGUACCUUCCAACUUCAGUUCAUUGAGCAUGGGUUUGACCUUUACAAUUUUGAAAAUUGGUGGAGUCGUUACUGGACCACUACUUUUCCAGGGUAUACAAUAUGUGUCUUGUAUUUACUGGAAUAUUGAUGAAUGUGGAAUCAAAGGACAUUGUUGGAUCUUUAAUAAGAUAAGAAUGGUCACAUUAUUCAUGGCAGAAUUUCCACUUCUAAAGCUCAACUUGGUGUUGCCCUAUUAA